AGCAACAGUUAGUCAGCCACCUCGGUAGCUUGCUAGACAAAAUAGCCGAACCAAUAAAGCUCUUUAGACGCUUUAGUGUAUAUUAGCUACUGUGUUUUAAACCCACUUCUGUCGUCUAGUUAAUUAUCCGAUUUAAUGUAAUAUAGUGUUGUUGUUAUUAGUCAGCUAGCGGGCUGGUUAAGUUAGCAUUAGCCUAGCUAGCUAACAUCCCCGACCAUGAGCUCACCAAGCUACUCUCCUGUUAAAGACGACGAGGAGGAGGUCUGCUUGACGGAGGAAGAGGGUCUGUGGCUGAACGUUGUAGUGAAAGAGGAGAAGGAAGAGGAGGAUGUUACAGUAAAACAAGAAGUAGAGGGUGAGGCUGUUACAGUGAAAGAAGAAGAGAAAGACGUUUCAGUGAAAGAAGAGGAAGACUCGUUCAGAGUGAAAGACGAGGAAGAUGUUAAAGUAAAAGAAGAAGAGGAAGGAGAGAUAACUAUUAUAUUGGAAGAAGAAGAAGAGGAGGAGGAAGUUGGUGAACUGAUUAACACCAGAGAGAGACGGGACUAUAGUGGAUCCUCUGGGGAGCCUCAACAACAUCAUGAUGCUGACGAGGCAGAGAAGAGUCUCUCCAGAUCAGAAAUCCUCAAGAAACCCCAGCAGAGACCCACAGGGAAGAAAUCUCACCACUGCCCUGACUGUGGGAAGAGUUACUCAAGAUCAGAUUCACUAAAAGUACACCUGAGAAUUCACACAGGAGAGAAACCUUACCACUGCUCUGACUGUGGGAAGAGAUUUACCUCUUCGGCAGAUCUUAAAAGACAUGAGAGAAUCCACACAGGAGAAAAACCUUAUAGCUGUAAUCAAUGUGGGAAGAGUUUCACAACAUCUAGCCAGUUGACUAUACACCAGAGAACGCACACAGGAGAGAAACCGUACCACUGCUCUGACUGCGGAAAGCAUUUUCUUAAGUCAGGACAUUUAAAAUCACACCAGAGAACACACACAGUAGAGAAACCUUAUAGCUGUGAUCAAUGUGGGAAGAGUUUUACUCACUCAAGCUGCCUGAUAGUGCACCAGAGAACACACACAGGAGAGAAACCUUAUAGCUGUGAUCAAUGUGGGAAGAGUUUUGUUACUUCUAGCCGUCUGACUAUACACCGGAGAACACACACAGGAGAGAAACCUUAUAGCUGUGCUCAAUGUGGGAAGAGUUUUGUUACAUCUAGCAGUCUGAUUAUACACCAGCGGACACACAGGAGAGAAAUCAAUGUGGCAAGAGAUACUCUGGUAAAAGAUCUCUGAUUAAACAAUCAGAAAAUACGGCCUCGCGAGUGGCGCAGUGGUCUAAGGCACUGCAUCGUAGUCUUAGCUGUGCCACUAGAGAUCCCGGUUCGAGGCUUUGGACUGGUGGAAUAGAUUCCCAGUGUGGAAUGAGGUACAGUCAGUUAGGGAACCUAAUUGUGGAAAGACAUUUUCUAGGACACAGGACAAUAUAGAUGCUGUUUUCUGUCAAGUUUUUUGACUGAGAAUGUUGUUGAUGCCUGAAAACACCUGAGGGGAACACACAGGAGAAAAGCCUUUCCUAUGUUCCACUAUGAGAAUGUUGUUGAUGCCAUGUGAAAUCAUGUUUGUAUAAAAAUAUUACUAAAAUAAAAUAGGCCUACUUUAGUUGUUUUCCUCUCAAGAAAUGAUCCAUGUCUAAAAUCAGAUUUAUAAUUUUAAAAUGUGUAUUUUUAUUUUCAUUAUGGAUUUGGAUUUGAUUGAAUACAAGUAUGACCCCCCCUCAGAUGUUCAUGAUAUGACUUGGAAAGUUGUAGAUUUUAUUAAAUAGAUUUUUUUUUUUAAA